CGUACUGUACAGUGUACAGAGUAGUUUUGUACGAAUUUUUAAUCUUGGCUGUUGUUACAGCUAAAGAAAAAACUCAAAAAGCGUCAAAUUUUAUUGGCAGUCAGAAAACUGUUUUACGACUACGAAGCAUUUUUGAUAGUUAUUUGUUUAAAGAAAUAUUUAUUGCUGUUCUUUUGUCACUCUUAGUGUUACUGUUGGUAUAGAGGAAGAUUUACACUGGCACAGUGAUUCGAGUAAACCUGCAACUUGCCACCCUACCAGUGAGCCUUUCGGAGGAGUCUUGCUGCUCUUUGCAACAUGGCAAGCUGGAAAGGCUGGCUGGCAAUCGGAGUACUUGCUUGCAUGGUUGCGACAGGCAGCUGUGGGCAAGGUGCUUCUAAAGAUGCCAAAGCCAAGGAACCGGCUAAACCUACCAAGAAAAUAAAGGUGACGGUGCCUGAGAUAGAAAUAAUCACACAGGAUCCUGAUGGCGGCAAAUCGGCCAGCUCUGUCAAGGUUGUACGGCCGAAUAAACUGGCCUCUGCUGUCAAUGUUGCGGAGAACCAAAAGCUGGUCGUCAAAUUUCCCGUUAAAAACGAAGCUGACAACGAGCUUGUCAAGCCGGAUCAGGCUUUUGUCCGUUUGACUCAUUCCAAACUGGAUCGAGAAGUUGUUUUAGUAGCGGAAGCUGAUGCUGCUGGACACAAAGUGGAACUUGAUCUCUCUAAACGUGCCGGAGACUUCAAUCGAUUGAGCGGCACUUACCAGCUUCACGUUGAUGUGGGGGAUGCCAGGUUUUCCAAUGCUAUUUCCGCUCAUGUGGGCAGCGUUAAACUGAAUUUCCCAGGUGGUAUUGAAGAGCUUUCCGACCCACUAGCUCGGUUCGUUGCAAAACCAGAAAUCAAACACAUGUUCCGCGAACCGGAAAAGCGCCCUCCUGCCACCGUAUCAACGGCUUUCUCUUUCGCCGCUAUUGCCCCGUUUGUUCUGCUGUGGUUAUUGUGGAUCAGACUGGGUAUUAACUUCCGUAAUUUGGAUUUUCAUCCAUCGAGUAUCGUUUUCUACGGAUCUUUGGGUGGAAUUUUCUACCUUUAUUACAUGUUUUGGAUUUCGCUUAAUAUGUUUACAACUUUGAAGUACCUGAGCGUUUUGGGAUUGAUCGCUUUCUUUUCUGGAAACGCCAUGUUUGCUAGGAUGAACAGAAAAAGGACGGGGAGGGAAAUCAAGGAAUGAAGAAAGCAGUUUUUAAUUUUCUGUUGAGGCGACUGAAUACCAUACCAACUGCACUUGGAUUGACAAUCAGUGUUAUUCCCAGCUCUACCGGUUAUUUAUUGAAAUACGUCCGCGAAAUUUUUUGUUGCUGCGUUUGUUUUCAGUAAUCUUCAUGUUUUUAGGUUUUGUUUUGCGAACUGUGCACAUGAUCUU